AUGGCUAUAUUGAGACAGAGCCUCACAGGAACUGCUCUUGAGGCCAUCAGGGACUUAAAAGUUUCAUACCCAGAGUACAAGGAAGCUAAGGAAAUUAUUCAGUCUAAAUUUGGUGGUGAGCGAAGAAGGUUACAGGCAGAUAUGGACCAGAUCGAAAAGAUGCCUCCUUUGAAGAGCAAUGAUGUCCAGUCAUUCGAACGAUUUGCUGACCUUGUUCGCAUAGCUGUUGUGAAGUUGCAAGCAGAAGGGCGUGGUGGAGAGUUGGAGGAUGGUGCACUACAUACUUUGUUGGAAGUGAGGAUCCGAGUUGAGGCAGUGGAGAUGGCACAUGGAAUCGAAGCUGAAACUGUUGGGGCUGCUCUGGACAGUAGCAAACGGGUUGAUAAAGGUGGUCGCAUCAGGAAUUUGUUCAGUGAAGGCAAUCACUUCGGUAAGGAACCAGCAGUGCCUACAAGCAAACCACCAGAUGUGUACUGUGGUGGAAACCAUGGAGUGUGUAGCUGUAGACGUUUUCAGAACAUGGGAGUGAUCGAACGUUGGAAUGUCACAAGGGAUAAACGACUUUGUUUUCGUUGCCUGGCAAGUGAUCAUGAAGGAAGAGCUUGUACUAAGGCUAGACCUUGUAACAUUAAUGGUUGUAAAAUAAAUCAUCAUCACUUAUUGCACGGUCCUGCACAGGGUAACACAAAGGAUGGGAAGUGA